CCGAGAAGCUGGCACGGCAGCGAGACGUGUGUGUUUUUUCCCGUGGCUCCCAUGAUUCCACACAACGUGAGUAGUGCGGCAAAAAAUACCGACCGUCUCAUGAUUUAGAAUUGCCCUAGCCACCUUCACGGAAGGCAAAACUUUUGCCAUUGCUCUCGGUUCUGAAGGUCGGUCUUUCAGAACCGAGACAAUCAUCAAACCGAAGACCGUAUUCGCAUCAAAACCCCCCGCGUGUUAAGCGGACAACCAUCGUCGGUGUGUUUGUGCCCGCGUCAUUCUUUAUAGUUCUUGUGGUACUUGGUGCUCGGUGCUCUCUACAGCAACAAUAGGUUGUUACAAAAUCUAAUCGUAAAAUCGAAGGAAGGAGAAAAGUGUCUCCUUCAGGUAGCAGCUCCGGUAUGAUCAAUCUGUCCACCACGGCUCCGUCACAUGCUUAUGCUUGUCGUACCGGCGGCACCUCGAACAUAAAUGGCGCCAUGCGACAGCACUUGUCGGGAUCCGCGGCUCGCACCGCAGUAGACCUGGUAACCGGCGGUGGUCUCGAGCUGCUCGCCGAACAAGGAUUCGCCGGAAUAAAUAGUUUUCGAAACAAUCGCUUCCAGUACGAAAUACCUACUGUUGGCAAACACUACGGGAAUGCAUUUAACGUUGGAGACGGCGAUGAGGACGACGAAGGGCCGGAGACGAUCAUCGAUCAACAGCACGAUGGCAGUGCCACCAUUAGUGAGGCUGAAUCAAUUGCAGAUUCCGGUACCCAGUACCUGGAUGAUCUGUUGGAGGAGCAAUACCUUGACGAGGAUGAUGACGAGGAUGAUGUGCAAAUGUCCCCGGCGGUGGAAGUGAUAUCCAUCGAUCCAAACUGUAACUACGAUACUGAUGAAGAUGAUGGCAACAACGGAGAGGAGCACAAAGUAAGCCUCACUGUCGCUAUGACUACUGCGAUGCGAAGCAGCCGGAGUGGAAGCACCAGCAGCUGCUGCAGCACGAGCAAAAGAAGCAGCCUCCAAUCAAACGAUGAUUCCAGUAGUGAUGAGCAGGAGGAUGACGACGAGGAAAGUAGUGCGGUUGAAUGCGCUGGCGCUUCCGAUGAUGCCAAUGUUGGCGCUUUUAAUGUGCCUAAUUUUGAGCGCCCUCCGCAGCAGUUGCUGGCAGCUGCUGCCGUUGUCCAGCGACCACCACACGGGCGUCGGAAACGUUCCUCGCACAGCCAGCGGCAAUCGUUCUCGAUGCCGCACUCGCCGGUUGGUGCUGGAGAGCUCGAUGGUUUGCUCGGGAAUCUUCCGGUGCAGACGAGCUUUAGCUUCGAAGAUCUCGAUUCGAUCGUCGGUGAGUUCAGCCCGAUCAAAAAAACGAUCUUACCGGCAACCGAUUCGACGACAGACGACGACGGUCUCGUAGAUGAGCUGCUAGUAGAGGAUGCUGCCAAUUUUGAUCUGACGGCAUACAUAACGGGUGAAGACGAGUCGAGCACUUCCUGCGAUGUGGUAGGCUUCCAUAACGAAAACAAACGUUCAAAGAUCGAUAGUACGCCAUCUGAUGGCCCUAGGAAAACAUUGCCCAAAUCGAAGGGAAAGGAAAUACAAGCACUACGGAUGCUGAUGCUGUCCGACAAGCAUGCCGACCAGCAACCAAAUGAUUUGCAACACCGCACAAAACCCGGCGAGCCAGCAGACGAUCACGAAAAGUUACCUGAAAAGCGUAGCUGCACUGCCAAGAUGAAACGGAUAUUAGCACCAGAAGAUUCGGGCAGUGAGUCGGGAGAAGACGAUGAAAACUCGUUUUCGAAAUCCCUGCCGCGUCAGAUCUUUGCCAAAGAAAGGAGAUCCGCACGGAACGCAAAGAGAAAGGCAGUGGAUGACACUGACAAGGAUCCAACCUGGAAUCCCAACGGUGUCACUGUGCACCGACCGACAAAAGCAGAACCAAAACUGCACACUCCGAAAUCAACGGCAACAAACGGUACGACGGGUUCGACCAGCAGCCAAAGCGUUGAAACAAACGGUUCAAAAAUAUCUUCUACGGCAACGAACGUAAAAUCGUUAAAAUUUGGUGCAGACAAUACGGGGGCAAAAAAGAAGCUGGGCCAUACGGUGGAACGUUCCUCGAGUGUGCCUACGGUCAGGCCUACGGCGUCCCACAAAAGCGUCUCGCGUGAGCAUGCCGGAUCUUCGAAGAAAGAUGUGCUCCGUAAAAAGACAAACGUUAAGCUUGACCACGACUAUUGCUCGCCCAAGCAUGUUGGCCAGAGUGGUGGUGUACGGAAUAGUGAUGGAUCACUGGGAGGUAACGGUUUGCGCAGAACGAUAGAAAUUCCAUUUCUACUGCCGACAAAAGAGCAACAGCGACAGAAGAGGAAGAUGCUAAAGGAUAAAAAACGAAACGAGCGUACGCACCAUGUAGAGGAGUCGCCGGCUGAUAACGGUGAAGAUAAGCAAACGAAGCUCGGACGUCGCAUCAUCGAAGGUGACACUCUCAGUGCCUCGCUAGUGAUGGUACAGAA